AAAAAAGAAAAUGCGACCUAUCACCCAUUUUUGUUCGCAAAGUAAAUAUAUACUCUAUUCAAUGUGGCAAGUUUCAGUGUUAGGUUCAAAGCUUUACAUUUUAUGAUAAUUUUGAAAACAUGAAUAUAUAUAUACCUAUGCAUAUACGUGACAAAUUAUGUAUGUAAAUAUACCAUCGUAGAUACUUAAGUCUAUUGUCAAGAUAUGUAAAAGUUUGGUAGCGGAUUUUGUUCGCGAGUGUAUAUGCUAAUGUAUACACUAUACUCUCAUCGGCAUCAGCUCAUGUAUAUCAGUGCAAAAUCUGUUUGUGUAGAUAUAUUUUCUGUACAAAAUAGUUUGCAGAUACGAACAUAUCCGUCACAGAUUGACUUCGGCUAAAUCUAAGAUUUAUCUCGAAAAUUGUAUUCCACGUUUGAUCAUAUCGGUUCGUAAGAAUGAAGCGUAUGAAUCGAGAUGAAGGAUACGACUGUAGAGCGAAAUGAAAACGCAUUUGCGAUCGUGAUGAAGUCUGUACGAGGCAGUAAAUUUUCGCAGCAUCAUGGUUGAGAAAUCUACUUUACCUUUUUGUUCAGAGUAGUGAAGUCUCAUGCAGUCAUCUGUGAAUCAAUCCUCAAAAUAGCUGACACCUUUGAUUUCAAGCCGGCACUAAUAAGUACUUUUUUUGACAAAGUAUUUCUUUUUCAAUAUCACCACUCGCGCAAAAAUCAUAAUAUGUCAGUUUUGAAAGCGGUUCAUGUGGUGCAGUGCAUCUAUGAAGCUGUUUCUUCUAUAAUUAUCGUUCUCUAACAAUGUACUUGCUUAAACUUUACAUGCUCUACAUUGUGGACAGAAUAGUACAAUAACUUGAAUCAGCCGAAUGCUAGAAUGGCUGUCUCAAAGUUGUGCCCGAUUUUUAGCGUGCUCAUUUCGCUAUUGAUGCUAACGAGUACAGUAGCAGCACAAACUAACUCGUCAGAAUACUGUGUGAGUUCAAAUUCAAGUUAUGCACGGCAACUGACACUUGCCCCGGGGUUGACUGUAGCCUUCAAUCUAAAUGGUCCUUCAAUUGAUGUUUUGGCGACAAUAGAUCAGACGGUGGGCUGGCUUGGCGUGGGUUUUGCAGAAGUUCCCGGAUCCAUGAUCCCUGCCAAGGUUAUUAUAGGCACAGCGGAACCUAACACUGUUCAAGCGUAUGAAACCACAUCAAGAAACGGGGCCGGGGUGAAUCCAGCCACUUUUGACACUGUGACAUACGGCGCUUUCACUCAGGUCGAGGACAAAGCCGAGACAACAUUGUCCUUUACGGUUUCUCAGCGAACAGUCCCAGGCCUGGAGUCAGGUGCGGAGACGUACAUGGUGUUCGCCUAUGGAGCGGGGGAAUUUGGGUACCAUGGCACAAACAGGGGGUCAGUGACGGUGAAUCUGGUCACUUGUGAGGGAACCCUGACCGAAAAUACAACCUAUAGGAAAGCUCUAUUGGCCCAUGGCAUUCUGAUGGCUCUAGCCUGGCUGUUACUAACACCGAUUGCUAUCUUCUCAUCGGCAUUCAGACCUAUAUUCACUCAUUUUAAAGAUGAUACGGGUUUGUGGUGGUUCCAUAGUCAUGUCACUAUGAAUAUACUUGGCUUAAUGGCUUCAACUGUAGGAUUCGGGGUCUCCUUUUUACUGGUGUCGCAAAUCAAUUUCACCGAUAAACACCAUAUUUUAGGCCUAUGCGUGAUGAUAAUCGGUUGGAUUCAGCCGUUUAAUGCGCUGCUACGCCCGAGGCGAGUGACAACGUAUAAGCAGCAUAACGAUGCGCCUAAAAGUGUAUGGGAAUUCUACCAUAAGGGUGUGGGGUAUAUAGGAAUGGUACUGGCCAUGAUUAAUUGCAAAUUAGGCCUGGACCUGGCAUUCGCAAGUACAGGCUUGUUCAUAGCCUACGGUGUGUGCGUAGGAUUAUGGUUAGUUGCUUAUGUGACGUUGUAUAUCAAGUAUACAUUCUACUAUCAGCCAUUCGACAUGUCAGUACGAUACAACGAGAAGCCCCGAACAGACGAUGCGAGGUCGGAAAACUUCAAUCAGUCGCGGUCUGGGGAUUUGCACGAGAACUCGAGCAAGAGUAGAAAUACUGCUUCUAUCUGAAUGAUCUCCAUCGUAUACAUUACACUAUCAAUCAAGUAGUGAUAUACUUGUAUAUGCCAUUAAAAACAAAGUUAGUAAAUAAAUUUGAAGCCCAGUCGCA